AUGGACGGAGUCAGUUCGUGGACGAAAGCUUUAGAAUUCCUGAAAGAGGGCCGUGGUGGUAGGGAAGCAUCGGAGGCCGUCCCAGAAGAGACAGAGCAAGCUCUGGCAACGGAGGUCGCCUCGCUGACCAGCACUGUGCCUCUGCUUGAGAGUGAGACCGCGUCGCCCAAGUCCCCGACUGCAGCCCAGUCGACGACAGAGCUGAGUGCUGUCCGCCUCCCACGGCCCACAUCUCCUGAAGCAAGCUCCAGCUUGCCGACCUGCAGCCUCGAGCCCGGUGAGCCCCCAGCGACGCCCGCAUCGCCCAAAUCUAAGGGAAAGAAUGGGGAGCGGAGGGUCGGAACGUUUCCGGCUCUACCUCAAACUCAGUUGCAUGAACCGUCCUGGGUCUCGACACUCCGCAGACCCUCACCACGAAAUCAGGUGGAGCAGGUCCCCACAACCUUGCGCCAAAAGCCUGCAGCUCUGAGCCUGUCACCGACAGCCUCCUCGCCAGGCUUGUCGCGAGGACCCAAAGUCAUGCUUUCACCUUCGCCCUCCACCCCUGCCACCCCUGCCACCCCACCCCCACCUCUUCGAAGGACCGGGCUGAGCCCACCUUCCAGUUACCGAUCACCCGAGCAGCGCUCGCCGCCGAGUCUCCCAAUUGCGGAAUCUUUGGGAGUUGGGGUUGGGCCCUCUCCGGUGCUACGGUCUAGGCCGGCUCACAACUUCGGUUCCCCACCGCCACUGUCGCCCGCGGCUCACAGGAGGCUUUUGGAGUUCAAUCCGCCGACCACCCCGAGCCAGGUGUCCGAUUCGCACAAGAACUCCAGCCCGUAUGCAGAGCUGCACCGCAGACGUGCGGAGCUGGUGCAGGCGCCGCAGGCCCAGGCCCAGGCCACGCCGCGCAGGGCAGUCGAGGGAGCCCAGGGAGCCCAGGGAGUCAGAAGGAUGUCGGCGGAGCGGAGCCCAUCCCCGCGAGCACCCGAGGAGGGAAGAGAAAGGCAAGAACAAGCCCGGGGCAUGGAGAACUUCCGUGCUGCCUGGGUUCGCGUGGGUGAUUUGCAGAUGAGACAUGAGAGCUUUUGGGAAGACUAUCCCGAUGCAGUGAGAGCUUUGGAUCUCGGGCUCUCUCAGUGGCUUGGCUACUCGGGGCUGCCCGCGGUGGAAGAGGGCCUGCGGCGUGCGACACUUGAGAUGCCGAAGGCGCCGGAGACCCACUGGGUGCAGGUGCUGCUGUGGCAGGAGGCCGAGAUCAGCCGCCUACUGACUGACAAUGCACGCUGGAAGUUCCAAGAGGCAGCAGGACACCGGCUGCCAGAUGCGGAGCAGCUUCAAAGCCACUGCGUCUCUCAGCUCAUUGAAGAUCUCCUGUCGGUGCGGAAAGCGAGCCCUGUGGAAGCCGGGGCGAGCGCAGCCUCUCUGACCUCGUCGCAAGGCUUCGACUCACCGCGCUGCCACCUCCAGGAGGCCACGGACUCGGAUCCCUUCGGGCCGUCAGUUUGCCGGGCCCUCCUGCAGACCGGCACGCUGCCCCCAUCGGCACGCACGGCGCUGCGGCAGCGGGGUGCCAAGGCGGUGGCCAAGUCACUCCUCCAGCAGGUGCGGCAGCUCCACGCCCAAGCUCUGCAGCGCUACCGUGCGGCCUGCCAGGCAGCUGCCGCCGCGAAACUCAGGUUGUUUAUGGACUUUGUAUCGUUAUCGCUGGUCACCGCCAUCAUCGUCAUCGCUGUUGCUGUUACUGCAGCCGUUUGGCUUCGAAGCUCCAUCCAAGUGCUUUUUGUCUUCGCAUCGCCCACCUCUCCGACGACUCCGAUGUCGAAUCCAUCGUCCCUGCCCAUCCCCGGCCGUGCAGAUGCAAGCCCACAGGACCCAAGCCACAAGCCCGUCAUCUUAAAUGACAUCCAAGCGCAGGAAAAGGAAGCCAGAAAGAAGUUCUUCGACAGACACAGGCAGCUGAAGGCGGGCCUUGAUGAGCAGCGCCAGGACGAGAUUCGAGCCGAGAAGGUAUUCCGUGCGAACGCUCGCGAGCAGCGAGCGGGAUAUGAGACGCCUUCGGAUUGGACACGGGCAAGGUUGGACGAGAUCGAGGCAAAGAAGGAUCGGCAAGGUGCGUACUUGAGGAGGUGGUCAAUCAAGGACUUCUCCUCCCUUCGCGUGCUUGGGAAGGGAGCUUUCGGAGUGGUACACCUCGUCCAAAGGCAGGGUACGGAAGAGGUGUAUGCCUUGAAGCAGAUCCAGAAAGCCCAUUAUCUCAACAAGAACCGCAAGAAGGCCUACAAUGAGCGAGAUGCUCUUGCACGCGGCUGGGGUACGUGGUUUGUAGACCUCCUUUGCACCUUCCAAGAUUCGGAGCACAUCUACAUCGUCAUGGAGUUUGUUCAAGGAGGGGACUUCUUCGCAUACAUGGAGAAGAAGGACAAGCUAAGCAUGGUGGAGACCCGGUUCUACAUGGCAGAGCUCAUCAGCGCCAUCAAUGCCAUCCACCAGUGUGGCUUCAUCCACCGCGACCUGAAACCAGAUAACCUGGUCCUGACUGCCCAAGGACACCUGAAGCUGCUGGAUUUCGGCCUCUGCACGCCGGUGGACCUGGAUGAGUACGUGACGCAAGCGGAAGAGGACCAGAGAUACCAGGGAAUCACCUUUCAGGAGAGACCCGGCAGGGAAGGCCUUCGGACGGCCUGUGGGACACCGCAGUACAUGGCGCCGGAGAUGUUCAUCGGCCGGGCCUGUGCAGCCUCGGAUCUGUGGGCUUUGGGGGUCAUCACCUUCGAAUGCCUUUCGGGAAGCUUGCCCUUCUAUACCCAAAGCCGGGAUCGGCGCCGGGCCUUCCAGGAGCUACGAAGUCAAAUUCAGCAUCACGAGUCCAACUUGCCGACACGUCUGGCUCGGAUGCAGAAGAAGCAGAGGGACCUGGGAGCAAGUCCCCAGGAUUGCCUUCACGCUUCGCAGUUCGUCUCCAAGGUUCUCUGCCCUGUGGAGCGGCGCAUCACCACCUUCGAAUGCAAGCUCGACGACUUCUUUGAGGGCCUGGACUUCAACCGGCUGCAGGAGAUGACGCCACCGUACCAGCCGACGUGCAAAAGUGCGGCGGACGCCUCGAACUUCGAUGAGUUUCCGGACGAGAAGCUCCCGACUCCCGAGGAUGUCACCUGCAUGGACCCGGCUCCUGGGUUCUCAUUGGUUUAG